CGAUAUUUGUUUUUCGGAGCAAUAUCGAUAAAAUAUAUUUUACGGAUAAAUAAAAUAAAAAAUAAAAAAAUGGUAUCAUGGUUAGCGAAGUGAGUUGUGAUCUGCUGAGUUGAAGAAGUUUGAGGGUUGCACUGAGAAGAAGAAGAACACAUUUCCUCCCCCAGCUUCUAAUGGCAUCAGAUAACAACCACUCACCGCCUCUUGAGAUAUUAGUUCGGCGGCCGGAAGAAUUUUCCCUAUGGACAGGACCUCCAUUCCCCAAUGGUCAGCCUAAUGUCAAGCUUGAUAAAGUUAAUUGCUUGAAUACAAAAUUCAGUGAUGAUGGAUCUCGGCUUAUGGUGGUGAAAUCAAACUGUGUGAUUAGUAUUUAUGAUUGCAAAAGUGCUCAAGAGAUUAGGUCUUUUGAAGUUCCUAAUCUUGUUGCUUCUGUCCUGUCGCCUUGUGGAACUUAUUUGCAAACAUUUCAAAAACCUUCUGGGCCGCAAGAUAAGAACGUGACGCUAUGGAAAACGGAGACCGGUGAUCGCCUUUAUCAACACUCCCAAAAGAACUUGACAAAAACCAAUUGGCCUGUACUUCAAUUCAGCUCCGAUGAAACUACCGCAUGUCGCCUGGCAACUAAUGAGGUGCAAUUUUUCGACACUGGGGAUUUUUCUAAAGGAUUUAUUUAUCGGUUAAGAGUUCCAGGAGUUGCUGCUGCUGAGCUUUCUAGUUCACCUGCUUCUCAUGUAGCUGCAUUUGUUCCGGAAUCCAAGGGUGUUCCUGCUAGUGUACAGAUAUUUGCUUGUGGUGCUUCCCAAAGUCAACCUGUGGCUCGACGAAGUUUUUUCCGAUGUUCUACCACCCAACUUAAAUGGAAUCAUGGUUCAACUGGACUUCUAGUUGUGGUGCAGUCAGAUGUUGAUAAAACCAAUCAGAGUUACUACGGAGAAUCAAAGUUAUACUACCUGACAACAGAUGGGGUGCAUGAAGGAUUAGUGCCUCUUCGGAAAGAUGGGCCUGUUCACGAUGCUCAGUGGUCACAUUCAGGCUUAGAAUUUGCUGUUGUGUAUGGGUUUAUGCCUGCUAAAGCAACUCUAUUUGACAAGAAGUGCAAUCCUCUACUGGAGCUUGGAGCUGGCCCUUACAACACAAUUCGAUGGAACCCAAAAGGGAAAUUUUUAUGUUUGGCUGGCUUCGGUAACUUGCCUGGUGAUAUGGUAUUUUGGGAUUACGUAGAUAAGAAACAACUUGGAACAACCAAGGCUGAAUGGUCUGUGACAAGUGAAUGGUCUCCAGAUGGGUGCUAUUUCAUGACUGCGACAACGGCUCCAAGGCUUCAAGUUGACAAUGGGAUCAAGAUUUUUCACUAUAAUGGGUCAUUGUACUUCAAGAAGAUGUUUGACAAGUUGUACCAGGUUGAUUGGAAACCAGAGUCUCCCAGUAAGUUCGGUGAUAUCACUGAAUUAAUCAAGUCUUUAGACUCGAUAAAACUUGAAGAUAAGAAACCAUCAGGUCAAGGACCAAAACCAACCCAGGCUUCUACAAAAGCCUCUUCUGCCAACCCCACUGCACAAAAACCUGCCGCAUAUCGUCCACCACAUGCUAAGGCUGCGGCUGUUAUUCAGGCAGAGUUGUUAGGAGAGAGCACGACAGAAUCAUUGAGCAAGAAUGCUUUACGAAACAAGAAAAAGAGAGAGAAGCAGAAAGAGAAAAAGGCAGCUGCUGAUUCCAGUUCUUCGUGAUUGCAUCACAAUUUUCGCCGACUCAUUCUAAACUCCUCUAUCACUGCAAUCAAAUGCUUGAAAAUUUGAGGUUCAGGCUUAAAUUUCAUAGAUUUAACUGUAUCAUGUCCCUGGCAGAAAACUUUAGGCAGUUUUGUUUGAUCAGAUUUUGAAAUGAUUACAGUUUUGUAUUGGCUUUAGUUUCCAAUUGUGACAUAAGUUGGGAGAGUAGGAAGAUAAACCAUUUCUUGUCUCGCGACAAAAGAAGCAUUUAUUGGAGAAGUGAAAUACUGAGCUGGAGGAUUACACCAACAUACACACAAAAAGAAGAAAUGAGUAACAGUAAACUUUGUCUUCUAACUAUCUUUUACCUGCAUGAUAUUAUUAUAUUCAUGUGUCAACUCUUAUACGAUGAAAAA